CUGGCAAUAUGCCGGAAGGACGGCUGGCGGAGACUUAACUUUGGGGGAAUCGAAACGUUUAAGGUUUUUUUCGCCCCCCAAAUAAACUUUUAUUCGUGACUGUAAGCUUUUCUGUUUCUUAUGAAAAAAGGGAUGAAAACCCGCACUGGUUCACCGCCGCUGCACGUGCAUGUGACGGAGAGCACCCCCGUCCACGUGCACGUGAAAAGGAAUCAAAAGAGCAAGUCAGCCGGGAAGACCCAGGCGGCCGCAAAGGGGGGGCCCGGAGGCUUGCGAUCCACAGCCCUGGUGAAGACACGGGUGCCAUGGAUACCGCCUGGCAAGACCUCCUUAAGGGACGCCUCGUCUAAGUGGGAGGGGCCGACGAACCGUUUGGAUAUCGCGCCUCUGUCGGAGCCCAGCUCCUUGGCGGGGAUGCUGCGACCGGAAGACCUUUCCGCGGACGAAGAGGAUGUGCUGCAUGGCCGCAUCCACCUAUAUGAGAGGAAGAUCGAUAACCUGGUGACGGAAGUGAACUCCUUAAAGAACGAGGUUGAGCUGUGUAAACGGGAGCACCUGCUGGAGCGCCAGUCGGAGCAGCUGAGCGCCUCCCAGCGAGUCAUCAGGGAACAGGAGGAGGAGCUGGCCGAGGCCGCCAAGGAGCUCGAGGUUUCCGAGAAGGAAAAUUCCCGCCUCCGCCUGUCCAUGGAAAAGAUACAGGAGGAAACGGACUACACCAGGCUGGAGAAGGAGGCCCUGCUGCAAGAGAAAGACGCCCUGCUCAAGAAGCUGGUGGAGGCAGAGAUGGAUGGAGUUGCAGCCUCCAAGCAGGUGGCAGCCAUGAGGGAGACGGUGGGCAGGAUUCAGAGUGAAACGCAGAUGUCCGGGUCGGAGGCCUCCCUGUUGGCACGCCAGAAGGAGCUGCUGCUGCAAAAGCUGGAGACGUUCGAGGGGACCAAUCGCACCCUGAGAAGUCUUCUGAGGGAACACCACAUGCGUGAGACGGAAACGGUGAGGUUGUCGGAGCAGAAGGAAUCCCUUCUGAGGAGGCUCACGGAUCUGGAGGCAGAGAACACGCAUCUUCUGGUGAAACUGCAGGAGAGAGGGGAGGAGGUUGAUCAGCUCACUGUCCUUCUGCAGACUGAGAAGGACAAUGCAAAGACCACGGGAGAGCUGUCCAAGGUACUGGAGUCAACGCGCGCUCAUCUUCAGGGCCAACUGCGUAGCAAGGAGGCAGAAAACAACAGGCUGGCCAUUCAGAUACGGAACCUGGAUCGGGUGGCGAACCAGCACCGGGGCGAGAUGGCGCACGUGGUGGAGCAGCUGAGAGAGCUGAAGCAAAGAGCUGAUGCUGACAAGGAGGCCCUGAAGAAGGCAACACGAGCGCAGAAGCAGCGGGCAGAGCGAAGUGAGGACGCGGUCGGGCAGCUCGGCACCCAGCUGCUGGAGAAGGAGACUCAACUGGCAGAUGCGGUUUCUGCAGCCGAGAGCUGGAACAGCCGCCAUUCUCAGCUUCUGAAGGAGAAGAACCAUAUGGAGAUGGAGAUUACCGUCCUCAACAGCCGUGUGGCUGAUCUGUCUGAGCAGUUACGUGAUGUGGAGGACAAGGCCCGAGCUGAGAGGGAGGGGCUGCUGGACCGACUACAUGGUCUCACUUCCGACUACACUGCUCUCAGGCUGGAGAACCAGACCCUUAAGGCCACGCUGGCUGCAAUGGAAGAGAAACUCACCCUCUCCCAGUCUGAUGUGCAGCAGGUGAAGGCCUCAGUGAAACAAUACGAGAGCCUUGUGGAGAGCUACAAAACCCAGGUGCAGAAGACCCGUGCGGAAGCGGAUGAGUAUGCCCUGAAGUUGGAGAUGACCGAAAAGGAAGCGCAGUCGCUGCGGGAGGAUCUGAAACGGCAGACGGAACAGGCGAGGGGUCGACUGCAGGGGCGCCUGGCUCAGCUUGAGCCGUUGCCCGAGGCGCUGAAACAGGCCGAGCUGCAGUUGCAAGAAGCGCAGGAGCGCGAGCGCGCACAGGAGAGGAGGAGCAUGGAGCUUUCCGGAGCCCUCGCGGAGCUGCGUCUCAAGGCGGAGCAGCAGAGCGCCCAGGCGGAGGCGGCCCGAGCGAAGAACCUGGUGCUGCUGGAGGAGAACAAACACUUGCAGAAUAAAGCUGGGAUUUUGGAAAGAAAAUUGGAGGAGGCCGCUUCCCAGAACCGUGACCUGUUGCAGGUGAUUUCCAAACGGGAGGAGACGAUCCAUACCAACCAGCUGCACCUGGAGGAGAAGUCCCGGGAGUGCGGUCUCCUGGCCCGCCAGCUGGAGGAAGCCCUGGAGGAUGCGCGCUGCCAGGUGGCUCACACCCGAGAGCGUGCCGCCUCCAAGGAGCGCUCCACCCAGGCGAAGCUUCUUGACCUGGAGAGCCAGCUGAGCCGCACCAAGAGCGAGCUGGAGCAGCUGCGUCGGGCCAAAGAGGAUGCGGAGAGGCGCUUCCAGAGCCGCCUGCAGGAUGUUCGGGACCGCCUGGAGCAGUCGGACAGCACGAACCGCAGCCUGCAAAACUACGUGCAGUUCCUUAAGGCCUCCUACGCCAGUGUGUUUGGGGACUCCGCGCUUGCUAGCUCCGCGGCACGAGGUCCAUCCCCUCUGUGAGUAAACCCAGCUCUGCGGCUGCCCGCGCCCAUGGGCGACGCAGGCCGUCAUUCUUCUAAAAUAUAGUUAUUCCUUAAGAAGCUUUGUGAAAAUGUGCACAAUUCCAAUAUCUAUUUAUAUUCUCGACAUUGACGCGCCUGCGUAUGUGCAGGACUUUUUAAAAUCCGAUUUAUGUAUAAUUUACGAUUUUUGAAUUUGAAAUGAUCAUUU